AUGAACGGAAUCGCCAAGCAGCACCUCAAUUCGUUUGACGAGUUCCGGGUAAAGGGGCUUCAGAACGCUGCCAACGAGGUGGGUCAGAUCGAGAUCGAGAACACAGAGUACCCCUACAAGAUACAGCUGGGAAAGGUCAAACUGCAGGAGCCACGCAUGAUGGAGCUUGACGGUUCCAUAACGCACACCACGCCUGCCGAGAGCCGCCUGCGGAAUGUAUCGUAUGUGGCUCCCGUGAUGAUGGAGGCAAGCGUGGUGGAGGACGGCAAGUUUCUUGAGUCCAGAUACAUCCAUGUAGGCGACAUCCCCGUAAUGAUCAAGUCCAACGCCUGCGUACUGCGCAGCUUUCCACGAAAGAAGCUGGUCGAGCACGGCGAGGAUCCCAAUGACCCCGGCGGCUACUUUAUCAUAAACGGAUCUGAGCGCGUCAUAGUCGGGCUGGAGGAUCUCUCGUACAGUAAGAUCAUGGUGGACCGGGAGACGGUCAGCGGCAACCCGGUCUUCAAGGCAAAGAUAUACUCCUCGGUGGUGGGCUACAGGGCCAAGCUGGAGCUGGUUAUGAAGAAUGACGGCCUCAUAGUGGCAAAGAUUCCCAGCGCCCCGGUUGACAUCCCCGUAAUCACCCUGAUGCGCGCACUGGGGCUGGAGUCGGAUCUGGACAUUGCAGGGGCGGUAUCGCUGGUGGAGGAGAUACAAAACGAGCUGGAGCCCUCCUUUGAGAAGACCGCGGACGUGCAGACAUCCAAGGAUGCGAUAGUCUACAUCAGCAAGAGGUUUGCACCGGGAAUGCAGGAGGAGUUUCAGAUCAAGCGCGCCGAGAUAGUGAUGGACUGGAGCCUACUGCCGCACCUGGGCAAGCAUCCGGAGAACAGAAAGGAGAAGGCGCAGUUUCUGGGCGAGGCCGCCUGCAAGCUGCUGGAGCUGAAACUUGGCUGGAUAUCCCCUGACGACAAGGAUCACUACGGCAACAAGAUAAUCAAGUUUGCAGGACAGAUGCUGGAGGAGCUGUUCCGCGGAGCGUUCAAGAACCUGAUACGUGAUAUGAAGUACCAGCUGGAGAGAUCCGGCCAGAAGCGGGGAAUCAACGCCGUUGCCGCUGCCAUCCGGCCGGGCAUAGUGACUGACAAGCUGAACAAUGCCAUUGCCACGGGAAACUGGGGACGCGGCCGGGUCGGCGUGACGCAGCUGCUUGACAGGACCAACUAUCUCUCGACCAUAAGCCACCUGAGAAGAAUCCAAUCGCUGCUGAGCAGAACGCAGCCCAACUUUGAGGCACGUGACCUGCACGCGACGCAUUUUGGAAGGAUCUGCCCCAGCGAGACACCGGAGGGCUCCAACUGCGGUCUGGUAAAGAACUUGGCGCUGUCUGCCAUAAUAUCUGUCAACGUGCCGUCCGAGGAGAUCAUCGAGAGACUCUAUGACAUGGGCACCGCUACGUUUGCCGAGACCACCGACGAUCUCAAGCGGGAGGGAACCCGGGUGUUCGUGGACGGAAGGCUCAUCGGGUACUACAAGGACGGCGAGGGUCUGGCCGACGAGCUGCGGAACCUGAGGAGAAACUCCAAGAUACAUGCGCAUGUGGGGGUUGCCUUCCAGAAGCCCGAGGUGGACGGCGCUACAAAGCGAAUGUACGUAAACUGCAACGCGGGACGCGUGCUGCGGCCCCUUAUCAUAGUGCGUGACGGCAAGCCGCUGGUCACAUCGACGGCGCUAAAAAAGAUCAGCGCCCGGACUCUCUCGUGGCUUGACCUGCUGAAGAUGGGAAUGAUCGAGCUCAUCGAUGCCAACGAGGAGGAGAACUGUUACAUCGCCAUAGACGAUUCUGAUAUCCAAAACCACACACACCUUGAAAUAUUCACGCCUGCAAUCCUGGGUGCCGGAGCCUCCAUCAUCCCGUACCCGGAGCACAACCAGUCGCCUAGAAACACCUACGAGUCUGCCAUGGCAAAGCAGAGCCUGGGAUUCUCCACGCCCACGAUGAACACCAGCACGUACGUGCGCCAGCACCUUAUGCUGUACCCGCAGACUCCCAUCGUGACCACAAAGGCAAUGAACCUGCUGGGUCUGGAGGACAGGCCCGCAGGCCAGAACUGUGUGGUGGCAGUGCUCCCAUUUGACGGUUACAACAUCGAGGACGCCAUAGUCCUCAGCAGGGCAUCAGUGGAGCGCGGUCUGGCCAGGACGUUCUUCUACCGGAUUUAUGACGCGGAGGCAAAGCAGUACCCCGGCGGAAUGCGGGACUCGUUUGAGAUACCAAACGCAGAUGACAACAUACGCGGCUACAAGGGAGAGAAGGCAUACGGCCAGCUGGAGGACGACGGCGUGGUUGCUGCCGAGGCCAAGGUUGCAGGAGGCGAGAUUCUGAUCGGCAAGACCAGCCCCCCGAGGUUCGUAGAGGAGUACCGUGAGUUUGAGACCGGCAGCGGGCCCUCAAGGCGCGACACAUCCAUCGGAGUCAGGCCGUCUGAGACCGGCGUGGUGGACACGGUCGUGAUGACACAGUCAAGCGAGGGAGGCAAGAUGUACAAGAUCAGAGUAAGGGACAUGAGAGUGCCGGAGAUCGGCGACAAGUUCGCAUCGCGGCACGGCCAGAAGGGCGUUCUGGGAAUCCUGGCAGACAGCGAGGACCUGCCGUACACGGCCGAGGGCGUCUCGCCGGACGUGCUCAUUAACCCGCAUGCGUUUCCCUCCAGAAUGACGGUGGGAAUGUUCAUGGAGUCUGUUACCGGCAAGGCAGCUGCCCUGCGGGGCAGAAAGUUUGACGGCUCUGCGUUUGUGGGCGAGAAGAUGGACGAGGUAAAGGAGGCCAUGAGCACCUACGGAUUCAAGUACUCCGGCAAGGAGACCAUGUACGACGGCCGUACUGGCCUGCCAUUCCCGGUGGACAUCUUUAUCGGCGUGGUCUACUACCAGAAGCUCCACCACAUGGUAGCUGACAAGAUUCACGCAAGGGCCCGCGGCCAGGUCCAGAUGCUUACCAAGCAGCCCACGGAGGGCCGCGCCCGGGGCGGAGGCCUUCGCUUCGGCGAGAUGGAGCGUGACUGCCUCAUCGCCUACGGCGCAUCCAUGAUCCUCAAGGACAGGCUGCUUGACGAGUCUGACAGGUCCGAGAUAUUUGUGUGUGAACGCUGCGGCCUAGUGGCAUACCACGACAUCAAGCAGCGGAGAUACCUGUGCCGCAUAUGCGGAGACAAGGCCAAGGUGUCAUCUGUAUCUGUGGCCUAUGCGUUCAAGCUGCUUCUGCAGGAGAUGCAGAGCCUCAACGUAAUAAAAUCGAUAAGCUCCAUCCGGUUCUCCGUCUGGUCCCCAAACGAGAUCCGAAAAUACUCCGUGGCAGAGAUUACCGCACCGGAGACCUACGACGAGGACGGCAUGCCCGUGCAGGGCGGUCUCAUGGACGGCAGGCUGGGCACGCUGGAGCCGGGCCAGAAGUGCCUGACCUGCGGGAAUACGGCGGCUAGGUGCCCGGGACACUUUGGGCACAUUGAGCUGGCAGAGCCCGUGCUGCACAUUGCGUUCAUUGACAACAUCUACAAGCUGCUGAUAUCCACCUGCAGAUCGUGCUCCCGCCUCAAGGUGCCACAGGCUGACCUGGAGCAGUUUGACGUUAUCCGCAACAAAAAGGCGGCGUACACGGUAAUCUCCCAGAAGAAGAUACCCGACGCGAUAAUUGACAAGGCACGAAAGGCAAAGGAAUGCCCGCACUGCGGCAAGAUCCAGUACGAUCUCAUAUUUACCAAGCCCACGUCCUUCUCCGAGAAGACCGAGCUGGGCGAACACAGGCUGCUUCCAAUUACGCUCCGCGGGCGGUUUGCGCAGAUAACCAACGAGGACCUGGUGCUGCUGGGGUACGAUCCUGCCACCGCCAGGCCAGAGUGGUUCAUACUGCAGGUUCUGCCGGUGCCCCCGGUAACCGUGCGCCCCUCCAUAAUACUGGAGACGGGCAUCCGCUCCGAGGACGAUCUGACGCACAAGAUAGUCGAUAUAAUUCGGGUAAACCAGAGGCUCAAGGAGAGUAAGGAGUCCGGCACCCCGCCGCUCAUAGUUCAGGAUCUGGUGGACCUUCUGCAGUACCACACUACCACAUACUUUGACAACGAGGUGUCUGGCAUACCGCAGGCGCACCACCGCUCGGGCAGGCCGCUGAAGACACUGACGCAGAGGCUCAAGGGCAAGGAGGGGCGGUUCCGCGGCUCGCUCUCAGGGAAGAGGGUGGACUUUUCCAGCAGAACCGUAAUCUCGCCGGAUCCGAACCUGGAUCUCUCCGAGGUGGGCGUUCCGGUGCCCGUGGCAAAGAAGCUUACAAUACCCGAGGUUGUGACCGAGUGGAACAUACAGCGGAUGCGGAACUUGGUGCUCAACGGGCCCAGCAUGUACCCCGGCGUGAACUAUAUCGUGCGCCGUGACGGCGUAAAGAUCCGGCUGGACUUUGUUGAGGACAGGUCAGCCAUAGCCGAGACCUUGGAGACCGGCUACCUGGUUGAGAGGCACCUCUUGGACGGAGAUAUCGUAAUGUUCAACAGGCAGCCAUCACUGCACCAGAUGUCCAUAAUGGCGCACUAUGUCAGGGUGCUGCCGGGCAAGACGUUCCGGCUGCAUCCGGCCGUCUGCCCGCCAUACAACGCAGACUUUGACGGCGACGAGAUGAACCUCCACGUUCCCCAGAGCGAGGAGGCCAGGGCCGAGGCCAUCCUCCUGAUGAGGGUGCAGGAUCAGCUGAUAUCUCCCAGAUACGGCGGCCCGAUAAUCGGCGGACUUCGGGACUUUGUGACCGGGGCGUACCUUCUUACCCGUGACGGAACCACGCUGACCUCGCAGGAGUUUGCAAACCUUGCAAUGCUUGGAGGAUACAAUGGAAAGCUUCCGGAGCCCGAAAGCCGCGGUGAGUAUACGGGCAAGCAGCUCUUCUCGCUGUUCCUUCCAGGGGACUUUAACUACAUCAUGACCUCCAAGUGGUCAAAGGGUACAAAGGGCAAGGACAAGGAUGUGGUGAUAAAAAACGGCAAACUCCUCAGAGGUGUAAUAGACAAGUCCUCCAUAGGCGCAGAGGAGCCUGAGAGCGUCCUGCACCGCAUAGCAAAGGACUACGGCAACGCGCAGGCAAAGACAUUCCUCAACUCCGUACUUAUAAUCGCAAAGCAGUUCAUCACGCACUACGGGUUCAGCUACGGAUACGGCGAUCUGGAGCUCUCCGACCCAACGCGCCAGGAGAUAUUCAACAACAUACAGCACUCCUACGAUGUGGUGGCCGACUAUGCGCAAAAGGCAGAAGACGGCACGCUAAAGCUCACCCGUGGCCUCUCCAAGGACGAGGCGCUGGAGGCCUACAUAGUAAACGAGCUCUCAAAGGCCAGAGACAAUGCAGGCUCGAUCGCCGAUCACUCCUUUGACGACAACAACCCCGCCAAGAUAAUGGCGACCACCGGCGCCCGCGGCUCCGCACUGAACAUCGGCCAGAUGGCAGGCUCGCUGGGACAGCAGUCCCGCCGUGGACAGCGUCUCCUCAAGGGGUACAACAACCGCGCCCUACCGCACUUUGAGGAGAACGACCGCAACCCGGAUGCCCACGGAUUCGUCAAGUCCAACUACCGCGACGGCCUCUCCACACUUGAGUUCUUCUUUCACGCAAUGGCAGGCCGGGAGGGCCUUGUGGACACCGCGGUGAGAACGCAGCAGAGCGGAUACAUGCAGCGCCGGCUUAUCAACGCUCUGGAACACAUCCGGCUCGAGUACGACGGCACCGUGCGGGAUCCCCACGGCCACAUCAUACAGUUCUUGUACGGCGAAGACGGCAUAGACGUGGCAAAGAGCGAUCACGGCGAGGCAUUCAACAUACACAGGCUCAUAGACUCUGAGACCAUAGUGGAUACGGACGACGAGGCCACCACAGAAGAGAUGGAGGCGCUGGCACAAAAGUACACGAGAACGUUCAACCCAAGGCUACGGCAGAUGGUGACUGCCGGGCUGCACGAGUCGUCUCUCAGUGUGGAGGGUGCCGAGAAGGUAUGCAGGAAGGGGCUGGACCUGUACAACAAGGCACAGGUGGAGCCAGGACAGGCCGUGGGCAUCGUUACCGCCCAGUCCAUAGGCGAGCCCGGAACACAGAUGACCCUGAGGACAUUUCACUUUGCGGGAAUCAGGGAGAGAAACGUCACCCUGGGACUUCCGAGGCUCAUCGAACUGGUAGAUGCGCGCAAAAAGCCCGUUACGCCCACCAUGGACAUCUAUCUGGACCAGGACUCAAAAGGAUCCCGCGAAAGGGCAAUCGACAUAGCAAGGAACGUGCUCAAGACAAAGGUGGGCCAGCUGGUUAUAGACAGCCCCACUGACUACGCCUCGCACAUAGCACUGAACCUGGACUACAAAAAGAUGAGGGAUCGCGGCUGCACCAUAGAUGACGUCAAGACUGCGCUGUCGUCCAACAAAAAGUUCAAGAUAGAGAAGAACCGGGACCAGCUGGUGCUGAACCUGGUAGAUGAGCUUGACGCGCCGACCAUAAUAGCUACCAGGAACAAGGUUCUCAACGCCAUUGUCAAGGGCGUCCCCGACAUAGAGCGGGUCACCCUGAUCCAGAAGAACAACGAGUGGGUGAUCCAGACCACGGGCUCCAACCUGGCCAAGGUGCUGGGGGUCAAGGGCAUAGACGUCAAGAACGUCAGAACCAAUAAUGUGUUUGAGAUUGCAGGCACGCUGGGAAUCGAGGCCGCCCGCAGCGCCCUGAUAAACGAGAUCAAGUCCACCUUGGAGGAUCAGGGUCUGGAGGUGGAUGUUCGGUACAUCAUGCUGGUGGCAGACUUGAUGUGCUCCCAGGGAAAGAUGCAGCAGAUAGGCCGUCACGGUGUGGCAGGAACCAAGGACAGUGUGCUUGCCCGGGCAGCCUUUGAGAUUACAGUUCCCACCAUAGCCCGCGCGGCGCUAGGCGGCGAGGUGGAGCAGCUUAAGGGCGUGACGGAGAACGUCAUAGUGGGAAGCAACAUACCCAUCGGAAGCGGAACCGUGGAUCUGUACAUGGAGUCCGCGGGAGCCCGAGACGAUUCCGCAGAUGCCCAGGCCGACUCCACGGAUGCACCUGGUUCCACAGAAGUCCAGACAGAUUCCGCAGAGACCCAGGCCGACUCCGUCCAGGCUCCAGACGAAGAAAGCGGAAUCUAG